ACUAGGGGUUAUAGUCUUAGUGCAGUCUACAGGUGUUGUUUAUUGUUAUCAUAGUAAAUACAGAUCUGAAAUUCUGAAAUGAUUUCUUUUUUAUUUAAACUAAUGACUAGGUUAACAGCAUACAAUGACAAACAAAAUUAUAUUCACAACAGUCACAGCUCGAGAACAAUAAAGUUGGCAUUAAUAUGUUUGUACACCAAAGAAAUCAUUAUUUUGGAAAAGCCUGAAAAAGUAUAAACGUCUAUAUAUUUGACACAUUAAUAACUUUUUGUACUAGCAUAAUAAUUUAAUAAUAUUCUAGUCAUCUAUAAGAUUAAGAAAUAAUAAUUCACUAAUGGAAUUAUGAUAGCAGCUAGUUGUAAAAGCCAACUUUUUAGACAGCAUCGUAAUCGUGUCAAUCUGUUUGGUGAAUUUUCAAAAGUAACCGUGAUGAAUAACUGUAGACUUGCUCAAGAUACAUUUGUAUUUCGACAGUUGUUUGAUCAAGAAUCUUGGACAUAUACUUAUCUGUUGGCUGAUUAUGUAGCAAAGGAAGCAAUAAUUAUUGAUCCAGUUAUCGAACAAGUGAACCGCGAUCAUUCAAUACUUAAAAGACUUGGUUUAAACCUUUUAUACUGUGCCAAUACUCAUGUACAUGCUGAUCAUGUGACUGGAACUGGUGAACUGAAGAAGUUAAUACCAACUUGUGAAAGUGUUAUUUCCUUAUGUAGUGGAGCUCAAGCAGAUAAAUAUGUGAAAUCGGGGGAUGAAAUACAGUUUGGAAGGUACUCUGUUGAAGUUAGACAAACUCCAGGGCAUACUAAUGGUUGUGUUACAUUUGUUUGUCACGAUGAAGCAAUAGCCUUCACUGGAGAUUGCUUGUUGAUUGGUGGUUGUGGACGCACUGACUUUCAAGAAGGAGAUCCUGAAACGUUAUACUCUUCUGUUCAUGAACAAAUAUUUUCGUUACCCGAUUAUUAUAAAGUAUAUCCGGCACAUGAUUAUACGGGUCAAACCGUUUCUACAAUUGGAGAAGAAAAGACUUAUAAUCCACGACUCUCUAAGUCUUUAGAUGAAUUUAUUGAAGUGAUGAACAAUUUAAAUUUAGCAUAUCCUAAAAAAAUUGAUGUUGCUUUACCACUCAAUUUGAAAUGUGGUAUUCAAGACGAAUUGAAAAACAAUGAUUGACAAUUUUAUUUUACCAUGAUAAUAUAAAAUAUUGAAUUUGUUUAAAAUGUUAUUCUAUUAAAAAUUAAAUAAUUACAAUUAAAAUGA